AAAAGUGGGCUGGGUUCUAACUCCCCAUAUUCAAAAGCCUUCUAAGUUAUUUGUUGGUUUCAGUGUAAAUACGAAGCAUUUCAAUUUCCAGUUUCUUAGAGGGAGGCGUGACCGCAGAAGAUUAACGAAGAAAACUUGCAGAGAUCGGAAUAAGGGGCAAAUUCGAAAAGGAAAAAAAUGGAAGAUUUUGAGAAGAAGGUUUCAAUAAAAGACUCAAUGGAGAUUGAACAAGAAAACAGCAAUUGCAGUAAAAGCAAUGAAAUUCUCAAUUUACUUCGCAAAUUCCUUGAAAUUCAACAGCGUAGAGCUCAGGCUUACUCCAAGCUUAAAACGGGUUUUUCGGAGUAUAUGAAAUCGGGAGGGGAAUUGGCCUACCAGCAGCUUUGCAGUGAGAUCACAGUAGAGUUCAAUGAUUGCUCAAAACAAGUCCUUGAGAUGGAAUCUCUGUUUUUAAACCCCGAUUACUGCCGAGUUGAUCUAGCUGAGCUUCUCAGAGCCAUUCAAACACAGGAAAAGCAGAAAUUACAUUUGACUGCCACGAUUCAGGUCUUGAAGAAGGCAGGUCGUCCGUCAGAGCGUUUGGUGAACCAUGAGAAUUGCUCAUUUAAGAAGCCAAUGGAGCAUGAAUGUGUGCAUCUCCAGGAGAUAACAGAAGCUGCCGGAACCGAAGAAGCAGAGGCAAAUGCCGAGUAUGAUAAUGCUCUCAAGGAAGCCAUUAGAGGAGUGCAAGAUGCUGUAACUGCCAUUAACGAACAUUUAGAAGAAGUGAGAUAUGAAAUCGCAGCCCUUGAAACAGAGUAAGUUCACUAUUACAUAACCCAAAGUGUUUAGUCACUCAAAUUAUAUAGACUCUGCAAGGAUUACAAGAAAAGGGUUCGGGUUCGGGUCAAGGUUGGUGUAAAGUGCAUGUUGUGUGUGCUGGGUUGGGUCAAAUUUAGUCUAAAUUUUUUGUGCUUGAUACAUAGGGUUUGGUUGAUGAAAUGUAAGCUUUUAACUUUCCUUUUUUUAA